AUGCCAGCAUACUAUCAAGUGAACACCCCACUGAGAGCAGAUGUAAAUGGCAAUUAUAUCACAAGCAUGGAAGUAGGCUGGGCCACCUUUCAUGAGCAUCUCCUGUCAACUUCAGAUCUACCUUAUCUGAAUGACUUUCAAGUUAGCUUCUGCCUGUCUAUGCUUCAGGGGUCAAUAGAGCCAACUAUAGCAGGAUGCUGGUCCCAUGUUUCCCUUCCUGGCUCACCCAAUGUCUCUCUCCAUGCCCAUGUCAAUCUGCUGCUACUCAGAUUGGAGAUCAUUGGUGUGUUCUGGGAAUGGUGUGAUUUCAGGGGGGUCAAUCAUUCUCUCAAUGUGAUAGACCCAGGUCAACUCCAGUUUUACCUGUGGAGGCUCAUGGAGAGCAGAGGUUUGGAAGCAGUGUCACAGUUCUUCAUGGCACUGUAUCAGCAUGUACCAGAUGGACAUGCCUCAAGGCUUUGCUAUUAUGUUUUGAGGUUAAUGGGUACUGAACUUUGA